AUGACUAUUUUCUCGAAGUUGCAUGCGGGCAUCCACCCCGGGCUCUUCCUCUUCCCUGAGUGUUACACAUUUGUGCGGCUGCCGGAUGGGUUUGCAGAGGAUGAGUCAGAGAGGUCUAGCCUACUCUCUGUCUUGUUCUCUGGCCUUCAUUGGCACAUGGGAAUGAGCCCGUAUGUCUCUGACAAUACGGUGGAGAUUGCGCAGGACACUGUGCGUCUGAACCAUGUCAUGUACCCCAUGAGCCGUGUCAUGGAUGGGAACUCCAUGCUUGCGCUUGGAGCAGUUGGGCAGAAGGCCAUUGACAUCCCACCUGAGAUGUACAAUCCAACGUAUGACCACGACCACAAGAUCUACAGCAACUACCUCAACUACACUGUUGAUGGUCUCAACAUUGGGGACAGGCACACUGUUGCAUCUUUCAUGGUGCGCCAGCUGUAUAACCUCAUCUUCCAUCUUAGGCAUCAAGCCAAUGUUGGUCCUUCUCUCAACCCAGACGUGUUCUUCAGUGCAUUCUCUGCAUUUGAUGAGGAGGGCCAGUGCAUCAUGUUCACUGACACAGACUUAGUCCCUGUCCUUAAAUAUUGGCCUGGCAAGCCUAAUCACAUUGUGGAUCUCCACACAGAGUUGGGGACUGAGAACCCUGCACCUGCUCCUGGAAGAUCCCAGCAACCCAAGAAAGCUCCUGCGCCAUCCAAGGGCAAGAAGCCAAGUCCAAGCCCAAGUCCAAAUCUAUCCUCUGUUCUGUGA